GCUUUGAGUCAGAGUUGCAGUUGUCCUCAGUGACAGCCGCAGCAGUAAGAGGAAGUGUUACACAGUGUGCAACUCUCAGUGUGACUGUUUGGCCAGCAUAUGUUUUUUAUACAUGCGGCAUAUGAUGUAGUCCACUGAUAGUCUCACAAGGACGAAAGCAGUCACAUUGGUGAUUUGUUACGUUUACCUCAUUAUGUAAGGACCAAGCCACAGCAUGGCAUCUUGGAGAAAUUCUAGCAGUAUUAAUGUUGAGGACCCGGCAGCUGAAUAUGCUGCCAUUGAAUCCGAAAUCUACCGUUCCCUGCUAACCAUUAUGAGAGAAAUGGACAUUGAGCAACCAGCUGUCAAUAAAGGAAUGCUGAGGUGGACAUUACACAAGAAAGUGCAGGACAGUUCACUCAGGAGUCUGGCUUUGGUGAGAGUGGCCAUCAAGGAACUAGAAAGAGCUGAAAGAACUGACUGCAAGAAUCAUCUCAUUCCUCUACUUCAUACACUUAUAUAUGCUGUGAUGCAGACAGUAUGCAUACCUGAUGACCUCUAUAAACGAGUUUAUGACUUCUGCAAGAGGUUGUUGACUCUGCCUCAGCCGUACUGCACUGUGGGCCUUAGUUAUGCUGGCCAAAUGAAAGCAGAACGACUUGCUCCAGGCCUUUUGUAUCAGAAAAUGAUAAUCGCAGAACAAAAUCUGAAAAAUGAACACUAUCCUCACCAGGAGAGGGUGUUUGUGUUUGCGGAUCCUGCAGUAUUUUCCGAGUCACUUAGCACGGUUCUGAAGGCUGAUAUUGAGGCUCAAGGAAUGUUCCGGAACCCAUUGAGCUUGAUGCGCUGUGUAGUGCAGCACAGUCUUCAGGCGGCGCUGGGAGAGGAUUGUCAUGGGCCCUCUCUCAAUGAUGCUUUGCAGGAAAUGGACCAGGAUGUGGAGUCGUACCUAAAUGAAGUGCUUGCAACAGUAGACCAGAGCACAGGCAUUAACAGAGUUGAUCGGGGUCAGACCAGACAGAAACUACAAGAGUUAUACUUACAGAUCCUCCGUGACAGAAAAGGUCUAUUGUCCGACGGCUCCCUGUGUGAUGUUCCGCUUCCCAAUCCGGAGAUGAGUUUCCAUCUGUGGUGGGAGGAGGAGGAGCUCUGGAGAGAACUGGCCAAAUUCGUCCGUUCUGGAUCAUUCAGUGAAAACCUGAUGAGUUCAGAGGACUUCUAUAUGUCUGACUUACCCAUAGACCUCAACUCAGAUAUGCCACGGUACUCUGUCAUGUCAACGGACAGUGGGAUAGAGCGUGACAUGCAGGGAACUGAGGCUUUUGACAUGGAAUUUCCUGGAGGAAGAACCUUAAAGCCUGAAAUUACCAGUGGCCGACUGUCACGGCGUGGAGGAAUUAAGGUAAAGCCGACUGUAACCGAAAGCAUGGCUCUGAUGCAGGAAGCACUGGAGGAGACAGGCACCGCUUGCAGCAGUGGCACACUGCAGAGGAGAGCAGGAAAUAGUAGUACCAACUUGCCCAAGGAAGAACGGGACUACACUGCUAAAAUAGUGGUCAUGGGAGAUGACCGGGCAGUGGGAAGGCUAGCCAGGGCAUACUACUGGUUAAGGAAACGGGAAGCCAGGAGACGGUUUCUUACUAUGAAAGUCAACCUACAGAUGUACUACAUCCCUGUUGGUCGCCUGUCGUCUACAGCCUCUCCUGUGAAGGAGAAUUUGCCUUCUACAAUCAAUAACAUCUGUGCUCUGGGCUCUUAUCUUGGAAUGGUGGAUCCGUGGUACGAUUGCAACAUCUGUAGUCUUGGACAGAUGAUUCCUGAUCUUGCAAAAACGUCCAGCACUGGUAAACCACAAGAAUCUGACCUUUUUUCAUCUGAUGUCAUCUCGUAUUACGUGCGUAUGGGACAACAGCCAGUGUACUUCAACAUUUUCUACAUUAAGAUUUACUUUUUCAACAAGUCCAAAGAACCUGUGGAAGAUGUUUUUGUCACAGACCUGGAAGUGGAUUUUCCGGAAUUUAGAAAGGCCCAAGCUGCACAUAAAGACACUGUCAAACAGAAGAAGAUGCCUGCCGAGCUGUGUGGGGCCCUGAUCUCGUUUAGCUACUUAAAAGUGUCGCUAAGCAACAGGGAGGUUGAGAAAGGAUUCUCAUUCAGAACAACAGGCGCCCAGGUUUCAGCAAUACCACAAAACAAAACAGAAGAUCUCAACUGUCUCACGGUCGCUUUCAGUGACACAAAGCCAAAGAGUUUCAUGGAGACAAAGAUCAGAACAUGCCAUUUUAAAUUGAAGACGCCAGACAAAUCAACUUUCACAGUACGUCUGGACAAAGACUUUCGAAGGAAAUAUAUGAAUGUUGAGAGCAUUGAGGUUGCUCCAUGUCGAGACCCUGGAUAUUACGUUCAAAAAUCCUUGAAGUCAAAGUUCACGGCAGAAGGUGACAGUAAUGCUGGACUGAACAAAUACAUGAGCAAAGGAUUGACUCUCCCCAUUAACACAUUUGCUGGAAUAAUCGACUAAACGAACGAGGAUCGGGAUGGAGCCUGCUUGCUGUCAACAUAAAGGCCAGUUCUGGACUCUUGCAGUAUGUGUAUUGUGUUUUAAACAAUGCACUGUGCAGUAAUGCCGCCGUGUGAUCAAAUGGUCAGCUAAGACACUUCGCCAAACAGGUUAUACUGCAAUAUAUACUUUUAUCUGUGAAUCACAAGUUGAUCGGUCCAGGAAGUAUUUUAAUGUGUAACACAGCUAACUCACUAACACUAAUGCAUUCAUGGUAUUAAGUUUCUCAAAGAAGUAGGAUUUACUUGAACUUGUUUUCUGCUUCAACAAUCAACCUGUUCUUUAAAAUGUACACAUUAAGUCUAUGUGAAGCAGAAAAUUCUCCACACACUGCCAGGAUUUCAUCUGGAUUUUCCACCAGAAAAACAGAAUAACUGUUUAUUUCAGUAUAAUGCAGGUGCAGUUGUUAGUAUGUCUGUAUAGCAUAAAAUAUAUGCCAUAUGACCAAGUGUUUCAGAGAAACUGACAUUACCUUAAUGAUUUGCACUUCUUUGAUGCAUUCUUUGUUUUAUGCUUUUAUUUUUAUCCCACUAUACAUGUUUAAAAAAUGUAGGACCUUCCAUAAGAAGGUUUUAUAGCAUCACAAACAUGUUUCAGAUUAAAAAGCAUAAAGGACAUGUAUUUUAAUUACUGUCUAUGUGAUUGAUAUGUGUAGAACAGCACUAUUGUUACACAAAAGCUUCAAGCUUUGAAAGGUUGUAUUGUGCAUUAAGCUGGUCAAGAGUCAAAUACUGUCUUUAACACAAUAAUUAGUGGUGCCAAUGUUUUAAUUUCACAUACAUCAAUAUCUGUACAUUCUGAAUUAUAUGUUUGGGUUCUUUUCCAGCUGUUUCUGGUCUGAUGCCAAUAAUCCCAGUUUUCCUGUUAUGCCAGGCAUUUAUUUUAACCUGUUAACUGUCACCCGUCCACCCUGUGGGACGCCUACAUUUACUUCACUAUAUUACAAUUAAAUCUAAUCUAAUCUUGACAAACUAUAUAUCGU